AUGAGUGGUCAAAGCAGUGAGCCUAUCGCUAUUGUGGGUAUCGGUUGUCGAUUUCCCGGCGGUUGUGAUACUCCAUCCAAGCUCUGGGAGCUUUUGGUAAAUCCCGAGGAUCUCUCUCAAGAGAUACCGUCCGACAGGUUCAACGUAGACCGUUUUUACCACAAAAUUGGCAGUCAUCAUGGCACGACCAACGUACGCCGUGCGUAUAUGCUCUCGGAAGAUAUAUCGCAAUUCGACCAUCAAUUCUUUUCCAUUACGCCGGACCAGGCUGCUGCUAUCGAUCCACAGCAACGCCUACUUCUCGAGGUCACAUACGAGGCCAUCGAAUCUAUGGGGUGUACCAUGGAACAACUUCAUGGCUCGGAUACUGCCGUUUUUGUUGGUAUGAUGAAUAACGACUACCUAGUUCAGCAAGCUUUGGAUGUUGAUUUCUCGCCUAAAUACAACGCUACGGGCGUGGCAAAUUCCAACGCAUCGAGCCGCGUUUCUUAUUUUUUCGACUGGCAUGGUCCAUCCAUGACACUCGACACGGCAUGCUCUUCCAGUCUGGUUGCGGUAUAUGAAGCUGUGCAAGCGAUCCGAACGGGCACGUCAAAAGUUGCUGUCGCCGCAGGCGCAAAUCUGGCUCUCAUUCCCUUAGCAUACAUAACGACCAGCAAUCUUAGCAUGCUGUCCCCAACAGGCAAAAGCCGAAUGUGGGAUGCCGAUGCAGAUGGCUAUGCUCGCGGUGAAGGCGUCGCAUCAGUGGUCCUGAAAAAAUUGAGUGACGCAAUUCGAGACGGUGAUAAUAUUCAAGGCGUCAUUCGGGAAGUAGGCGUCAAUCAUGAUGGUAGGACAGCAGGCCUGACGAUGCCGAGCGCGACUGCUCAAGCUGAUCUUAUCCGCCGCGUAUAUCGUCAAGCUGGUCUUGACCCCCGAGACAGGAAUGAUCGGUGUCAGUUUUUUGAAGCCCAUGGUACUGGUACCCAGGCGGGUGAUCCUCAGGAAGCCGAGGCUUUAAGCAAAGCAUUUUUCGACGAAGAGACUUCCGCUGACGACGACAUGCUCUUCGUUGGCUCAAUCAAAACCAUCAUCGGUCAUACUGAAUCUACAGCUGGAUUGGCCGGACUGCUACGAGCUUGUUUGGCUUUGAAGCAUAAAAUGAUCCCUCCGAAUCUCCUUUUCAAGCAAUUAAACCCAGCCGUGGCACCUUUCACAAGCCAUCUUCGAAUUCCUACAAGUGCUCAGCCCUGGCCGUCACAACAUGGUAACGAUGUCGUUAGGAGAGCAAGUGUUAACAGUUUUGGGUUCGGCGGUGCUAAUGCUCAUGUAAUUCUUGAAUCAUACGAUUCUACGACAGAAUCUACGACAGAAUACACGACUGAAUCUACGACUGAAUAUGCAACGGAUUCUACGACAGAUUCUUCUCACAGCAUUACCUUUCCAUCGUCCGCCUCAGAAUCAGCCGACUCGGACAUGUUAUCUCCAUCAGUACCAUCCAUCCCUUUCGUAUUCUCGGCCACAACAGCGGGGUCGUUGAAAGCAAAUUUACGUGCUUUUGAUGCCUAUCUCGAGCAAAACAUUGACACGCUUUGCUCGGCAAGUCUAGCGCAUAAUCUGGUUACCAAGAAAAUGGGAUUUCCAAAUCGAGUUUCUUUUUCGGCUGGUUCCCUUCGAGAUCUAAAAGCUCAAAUCCUACAUACUCUGGAACCAAAGGACGGUAGUUCAAGCAAUAUUCCAACUACGCGCUUCUCCGACAAACCAUGUAUCUUGGGUGUGUUCACUGGACAAGGCGCUCAGUGGGCAACUAUGGGUACCAAACUCAUCACCUCAAUACCCAUCGCGUCCUCCAUUAUCGAAGAGCUGGACCUAGCACUCUCUACACUCCCGGAAGAAGACCGGCCGGCGUGGAGUCUCAUGCAGGAACUACUCGCCACAAACACGUCUCGGUUGAAUCAAGCUGAGAUUUCUCAGCCACUUUGCACCGCUGUUCAAUUGGUGCUUGUUGACUUGCUCCGCGCCGCAAGAGUCAAGUUCUCGGCUGUAGUUGGACAUUCUUCGGGAGAAAUUGCGGCUGCCUACGCUGCUGGAUUCAUAAACAAGCGCGACGCUAUGCGGAUCAGUUUCUACCGUGGGCACUAUGCAAAGCUUGCUUCUGGUGCUUCUGGUGAACCUGGAGCGAUGAUUGCAAUUGGAACGUCCAUUGAAGAUGCUCAGGAGCUAUGCCAGCUGGAAGAUUUUGUUGAAACUCUUCGGGUAGCUGCACACAACUCGCCCGAAAGUGUGACGCUCUCUGGUGACUCGUCAGCCAUUGAAAGGGCGAGGCUGGUUUUUGAGGAAGAGAAAAAAUUUGCCAGACCAUUGAAAGUGGACACGGCUUAUCAUUCGCAGCACAUGAAGCCUUGCGAACUACCGUACCUGAGAGCUCUCCGCGCGUGUGGAGUGGAAGUGUUACAGCCUCCCGUAGAAGCUCCCCUCUGGUAUUCAAGCGUCAAAGAUGGCGAGCUUAUGGGAGCAAGCUCGACAAUAAGUGCGGAGUAUUGGGUAGACAACAUGAUCCAACCGGUCUUGUUUUCUCGCGCAGUUGCUAGAGCAUGGGAGUCAUCUGGAAACAAGUUUACUUUCGCACUGGAAGUCGGGCCACAUCCAGCACUGAAAACCCCGACACUUGAUACGAUCAAGGCACUUGGAAGUGCUAUACCUGGUUACUCUGGCACUCUAUAUCGUGGAAAACAUGACGUCGAGGCUUUCAAAGACAUGCUUGGAGCACUAUGGACCGAAGCAGGGUCAGCCGCGGUGGACCUGCUGGCAUUUGAGAAGCAUGUCCGAGGUGCACACCCAUCUUGCUUUCAACCCAUCCCAGAACUACCAAGUUAUUGCUGGAACCACGAUAGACGGCUAUGGUGUGAAGCGCGCUCUUACAAACAUGAGCGUUCACAUGAGCUCCCAUAUCAUGACCUCCUCGGACGACUUACCUCGGACAGCACUGCAGACCAAUGGCGGUGGCGGAACGUCCUCGACGUGAAACAGAUGGCCUGGUUGAGUGGGCAUGCCCUUCAGGGUCAGACCGUAUUUCCUGCAACAGGCUACAUUGCUCUUGCAAUGGAAUCUGCCAUGCAGGUUGCUGGGUCAUCAUCUGUUCAAUUGGUGGAGUUGCUGGAUCUGGACAUUGCCAAAGCCAUUGUCAUCAGCGAAGCUGCAGCCACAGAGCUCGUCAUCUACAUGAAUCAUAUAGCCUGGAGUGAGAAUCAAGAGGUCACGGCAGAAUUCUCUGUUUACUCUGCAGUUGCAGCCAAGGAUUCAGCUGGACUAACCUUGAAUUGUCGCGGCAGCGUACGUCUAACACUCGAGACGAAUGCGCCAGGACGAGCUGCAGUACCACUACCACCAAGGGAGAUCCACUCUGUCAACAUGUCAGAAGUCGACGUGGAGCGCUUUUACUCCUCUUUGCGAGAAGAAGCCGGCUAUACAUACGAGGAGCCAUUCAGAAACAUUACGAAGCUUUCGCGUCGGCUUGGGCUUUCCACCGGGACUAUACGAAUUCCCGAACCAGAGAGCAACACAACCCAACUCGUGUUUCAUCCUGCUAUAGCAGACUGUGCCUUACAGGGCAUGUUUGCAACAUAUAGCGCCCCUGGUGAUGGCCCCAUAACGUCAAUAAUGGUGCCGAAAAGUUGUCGUCGAAUAUCUCUAAUCCCGUCUCUUUGGCGAGCUCAGACUGAAAGCAGUGUGGAUUUUGACUGUCAUUUGACAAAGAGCGGUAUAGUCACCGGUAUAGCUGGUGAUAUUGACAUUUACUCUUCUGGAUACGAAAACAAGAUGAUGCAAUUCGAAGGCCUCAGCUUUGUCCCAUUUGCCGCGGCGACGAAGGAAGAAGAUAGAUCGCUAUUUCAAGAGGCCAUAUGGUGUCCCAACAGUCCAGAUGGCAAGCUUGUGCUCGGAGAUCGUGAACCAACACCCGAGGAGAAGCAGAAAGCACUCGAUGCUGAACGUGCGGCAUUCUUCUACAUGUGCAAGCUUGUUCAAUCUGUCGAGCCGGGUGUCCGCGCAAGCCUCCCAUGGUAUCGUCAAGCAUUGCUAGAGAGUACCGAGCGAGUGGUGGAUUGCGCUCGAAGUGGCGCUCACCCGUAUGCCUGUGAGUGGUUGAACGACACUGCCGAGGAGAUUUCCUCUAUGAUGGAUAGGCAAGUACUGUGUAAGAUCAUCCAAAAUGGAUUUACUAACUCCUUUCAACUAGCUAUGGUGACGAUGCUGACUUCAACAUCACGCGUGCUGUUGGCGAGCACCUACCGCUCCCAGAGGUCAUGUCCGGAGAGGUCAACAUUCUGGAAUACAUGGCGCAGAACGACUACCUCGGGCGUUACUAUAGAGAAGCCGCCGGAUUUGAAUCUCUAA